CAGCGAAGCUCAAUUGGAGCCGAACUGGGGUCAUGGCUGCGGCUGCAUGCCGAGCGUUGCAGCGUGUUGCGCUUUGGUGCACCACACAGCACCACACAACACCUACCAUAACCAGCCACAUUUCCUCCGCAUCGACUGCGCUGUGUCGUGCACCUUUUUUGACCCGAGCAUCGCUAGACCAGAUGUUGAACGUUUGCGCUGCCAGAUCACGGUGGCCGUAGAUCGCAGAUCUCUUGUCUUUCCAACUCUCAAGAAUUUCCCCACGGCACCCACCAAAAAAAGGGCGUGUUUACCCAGCAAUUGACUUGCCCGCCCCCUCAGCAUCCCACAAUGGCCGAGGCUGCCGCCCCCGGAGCUCCGCCUGCCGCUGGCGGAGCCGACACCGCCAACAAGUUCCAAAGCGCCAUCUCAGCGUGGAGAAAUCUGGACUUCAGCACACUGGUGUCCAACCUCGACAACACAGCAUCCGAGAUCGUCACCUACCAACGAGACUCUACGGUGCAGCGGAAGGACCUGGCGCAGAAAACCAAAGACUUCCGGAAACUAGAUGACGCCACCAAGCUGACAGAGAUCAAGGGGCUACUGAAAGCAUACCAAACAUUCAUCGACCUCCUCACCAACCACUCCAAAUCCAUCAACUCGUCGUUUAUCCACGCCUACAAUGCCCUCUCAGACGCCCCAGACCCCUACCCGCUGCUCGAGGCCUCGGUCGACUCGAUGCUCUUGUCCGAAGACACCCUUCCCAAGCUUACCGAGGAGAACGAACACCUCCAGAAGACGGUGGCCAAACUGACUACUCAGCUCGACGACACCGAGGCCCGUCUGCAAACCGAACGGGCGGCCCGCAAGGAGCUUGAGGAAAGCCUUGAGACCAGAGUCAGGGACGUCGAGACCACCUGGAUCGCCGUCGUCGACGAGAAGAAGGACAACUGGGCCGCCAAGGAGAAGGCUCUCGAGGACAAGCUGGAGCAUCAAGAGCGUCUGUUAAGCGGCAUCAGGGCUACCGAAGAGGUCAAUGAGCGUCUCGGUAAGACUGCCGGCGAUGGCGACGAGUCCCAGCGCGCACACGUCAUGAGCGCCGAGCUCGAGAUGGUCAACUCGGACCUGGAGCGCACGAGCGCACGCUUAGCCGAGGUCGAGGCCCGCAACGAACAGCUCCGUCUCGACCUGGCGCAAGCCAAGUCGCAGGUCGGCUCCCAGUCCGCCGCCUCUGUCGCGCAGCAGCUUGAGGACGACCCGGGCUACAUGCGCAUGCGCUCCGAGAACUCGUCCCUCAUCCGCAAGCUCGAUGCCGCCCGCGUUGAGAAGACGGCCCUAAAGCGUGACCUUGACGCUCGCCUCAGGGGUCUCGAGCGCGAGGUUGCCGGGCUCAAGGAGGAGCGCGAGAACUUGCGGGCCAAGGUGAAGAAGUGGAGCGACUACGAUGACGUCAAGCAGGAGCUCGAGGUCCUCAAGAGCAUCGAGUUCGCAACGGGAGACGACGACGAUAUGCGUACAUCUCCCGAUGACGACCAUCUCGCGGCCUCGGGCGGCGGCAAGGGCAAAGGCGACACGCUGGAGCAGCUGCUCCUGGCGAGGAAUAAGAAGCUGAGCGACGAGCUCACGAUGCUGAGGGUCUCCCAUCAGGACCUCCAGACUCGGCUACAGAAUCUCCAGGAGGAGCUGUCGAGGACCAACGCCGAACUGGAGAAGUCGCAAACCCUCAACGAGAAGCUGGAAAACGACCUUUCGACGAUGCAGGCCGAGGGCGCAAACGCCUUCCCCUCAGCAGCGUCCGUUGCAGGCACCUACGUGAACCGCUACGCACCCUCCAUGGCCGGCACCCGGAGGGGCGGCGGGAGGACGAGCCCAACGUCGUCUAUCAUCAGCGGUUUCGCGCCUACAGGUAGCAUAUCUGAGCGUGAGCCCAUGGGUGGCGGCUCAGGAAUCCUGCCCAUGGUCACGGCGCAGCGAGACCGGUUCAAGAAGCGCAAUGCGCAGCUGGAGCAGGAGCUGUCCGAGUCGCACCGCAACGUGUCGCAGCUGCGGCAGGAGAUCGCGGCGCUGCAGAAGGACAACCUCAACCUGUACGAGAAGUCGCGGUACGUGCAGAGCUACAGCCGGGGAGGGGCGCACCAGACGGCGGCGGGCGUCGGCUCAGCGGGCGGUUCGACGUCUGCGUCGGCCUACUCGGCCAACCCGAACCCGUCGACCGUAUCGAUGGGCGGGACGGGUAACCCGGGCAUCGCGCUGGACCGGUACCGCAAGGCGUACGAGUCCAACCUGAGCCCGUUCGCGGCCUUCCGCGGCCGCGAAUCGGCGCGCGCCUACAAGCGCAUGUCGCUACCCGAGCGCGCCGUGUACUCGGUCACGCGCAUGGUGCUGGCCAGCCGCACGAGUCGCAACCUGUUUGCCGUCUACUGCGUGGCGCUGCACCUGCUCGUCUUCCUGUCGCUCUACUGGCUCGGCACCGUUGACGUAGAGCAACACGCCAGCAAGCUGAGCGCCGUCGCCGGCAGCGCCAUGGCGAAGGGCGCUGCCAAAGGCGCUGCGGAUUCGCACGGGGGCUGGCGGAGCGACGACUUCAAGGGUAACUAAGGAAGCCAGGUGGCGCCCGAAGAGUCCCACGCCAAUGACGACGUGUUGUAAAAACCUGUUGCAGUUUGCAUGUAUCAAAAGACCGCCAUGUCCCCUUGUUAUGCCCAGGGCGUUGACUUUGAUUGGUUAUGUUAUAUGAGGUGUCCCUUUUUAUUCCACUUGUUGCCUUUUUUUUCUGCCUUAUCAUAUCGCCAGUGCCCCUUUAUAUUGACGUGGGCGUUGGACAAUUGAUGCGUAUACCCGACAGGAUGGCUAGAUCACAUUUUUGAUAGGGAGCAGGUACAAACGCAGUGCUGCUUCAUCCCACCCGUCCUCGUUUUUCGUCGUAUCCUACUUCCUGGUCUUCCUUCCACUGAGCCUACUACACCAUCGGCGGGCGGCUACGGCCGAGGAACGCGCUGGGAAGAAAAAGCCUGUUUGCCGCCCAUGGGGAGCACCGAGAUGUUUAGGAUACGCGAUAGAUGACGAGGCGUGUCGCCCUGCCCACCCUCCUUUGGAAUUUCUCAGGGAUAGAGUCAAUACCAAGACGAUCAAGUGUGCA